AUUGACAGGUGUACUGUCAAUGCUAGAGUUGUCAAGUUGUCAUUUGAUUUUGACGUUGAAUGUCAUGAGGUGGAGAUUGCAAAUGCAAAAGGGGAAAAACGAAAGAAGUGAAACCGCCGAGGAACGUUUAAUACUCCAAUCUACGUUGUAAGCUAAACGUAUCUUGUAAAACAUUCUAGGAAUAUGCGAAAGAAGCACUAGACCGGCAUAUCCAGAAUGGAGUCUUCAAUAGUUUAUUAUUUAGCUUUGCUACUUUUUUUAACAUCCAACGUUUGCUGGUCGAGAAUCCACAAUCUAGAAAUAAGGAACGAUGCACGACGAUACAUUUCUUUGAGCACUUUUGGAUUCUACAGAGGCGGGAGUCUCAUCGUAGAGCUUACAAAUUUUAGGUCACAUCCACAAAAUGAUUCUAACUUGUUUGGAUUUAGCUUGGACAAGACGAUAAAUGAUGGAAUGAAUCCUUAUUUAGAUGGUCAUCAAGAUCACUGUGUGUUACAAGAACCGAUAGAAAAAACCAAGACUAAUGAGGAGGUUGUCAUACAUUUUAAAUUAGAUCUUAAAAAUAAAAAGUUGAGGGUCGAAUGCAAAAAUCAGGACAUUGUGCACAUUUUCAAGUCUCCUGAUGAUGUAGAUGUAAAACCGACUCCAAUGUGCAGUGAAUUGAGUUUUGAUAUAACCAGUGCUAAAGUGAAUGGUAUCAAUUACUACAAUACUUCAUUCACCAUGUUAGUGGAAACCCUUGCAGAAGAAGGCCUGUACAAUCUCUUCUUCCACAGUUGUCCAAAUUACAAAUCAGAUACAGAGGUUUUUGUGGACUUUGACAUGAAAAUUGUAGAACAAAACAGAAACAGCUACCUAUCAGCUGGAGACAUGCCUCUUCCAGCACUGUAUUGCAUGAUGUCUAUCCUCUUUAUGCUAUCAGGCAUGUUCUGGGUGUUUUUGCUAAAACAGUCCAAACACCCUGUGUUCAAGAUACAUUACAUGAUGGCUGUGUUGGUGUUUUUGAAAGCUAUCUCAUUGGCUUUCCAUGGCGUGAAUUACCAUUACAUUGAACGACUUGGUGUACAUCUGGCAACAUGGGCGAUUUUGUUCUAUGUAGCACAUUUGCUAAAAGGAGCACUUCUGUUUGUGGUGUUAGUCCUUAUUGGAACAGGCUGGACAUUCAUCAAACACGUUCUGACUCCUCGUGACAAAAAACUGUUCAUGGUAGUCAUACCACUUCAAGUCCUAGCCAAUAUGGCCGAGAUCAUUCUAGAAGAGUCAGAAGAAGGGGAUAGAGAAUAUCUGGCGUGGAAACACUUUGUGACAUUAGUUGAUUUGCUGUGUUGUGGAUGCAUACUAUUUCCUGUUGUUUGGUCUAUCAGGCACUUGCAAGAGGCCAGUCAAACUGAUGGCAAAGCUGCAAUGAACCUGAGAAAGCUCAAGCUGUUUAGGCACUUUUACGUGAUGAUAGUUUGCUAUAUCUACUCAACACGAAUAAUCGUCUACCUAUUGAAGAUCACAGUGCCUUUCCAGUAUGGUUGGUUGUACGAAAUGUUCAGGGAAAUGGCUACGUAUGUUUUUUUUCGUGCUGACGGCGUACAAGUUCAGACCUGCUUCGCACAAUCCUUACUUUGCACUCGGCGAUGACGAGGACGAAGAAAUGGAUCAAGUAUUGACUGAAUCAGGAGCGACGGAAGGUUUGAAAAAGGUCAACAACCGAGUGGUGAAGGUGCCUCUUCAUCAACAAACAUUGACGGAGGUGACAGAAGAAGAGAAAGAUGCAUUAUUGAGCCAAAGAGAGAGUAGUCACGAGUAUGAUUAGUACUUACAUUUACUUAGGAGAUUUUUUCCGCAUUCAUUUCAUUUUUGCUACUAUCAUUGAUUAACAUAUUCCACAGGAAGAGACCCAAUCCAAUUGAAAGACGGGCAUACGUACCUUACUUCUUUUAAUUUGCCUGGACCGAACGCAAUUUUUCGAGAUUCUUGAAUGAAAGCUAACCGCUUGUGCUUACAACUAUAUACCCGUAUACGAUUUUUCGGAGGAACGCGUCCGCAACAGCGAGUGUCUUUAAUAAACAACUUGAGAGAAAGGAAAAAUGGCACCACUGUGAUAGGACAGUAAGGGUGGUACCGUGGUAAGCGCCCACGAGGCGGCGUGGUGCAAGUACAAAGCGAUUGGAUAUACCUUACCAAUCCGGUUUGUUUCACUUGAACGCCGCCAGAUGGGGAGUCAAGCAGCUUCAGAGAACAAAGGAACAGUGGCGGGGUAGAAUUGAAUUUGCUUAUAACAGUGGAUCCUGAAAGUUGGAGCUGCAAUCAGUUAGUUCUGCUUCACGGAAUGGAGGAGAUGCGGUUCGAAUCCCGCCGUCGCCCAUUUUUUCUUUCUUUCAAGUUGUUAUUUAAUGAACAUCCAACUUGCGAUAAUGGUACUGUAACUUGUAUAAUAUGGAGCAGUGCUAGUAUAUCGUGUUUGACACUUACAUGGAAGAACGUAUUAGUACAAGUAAAUUCACUUGUAGUUAUUACACCAUACUUUUUAUGGAUUAGGCCCUGUACGAAAAUGCACUCUGAUGUAGAAUCUCGAGCUCCACGCGAACCUCCUGUCAAAAAUGGUGGUUGCUAUUUGGAUUUAAAAACUUUACUACCUACGAGGUAAUUUUCUAGAUCAUCGACCAAUUUUUUUGAUAUCCUAAAACUUUUCCUAGCACCAUUUUCCCACAUAAUAUUCGAUUUUUCGGGGUACUUCUGUGACUACUCUCGUAAUGUUUAUCGUAAGUAUGUACGUUGAAGAAACAUUAGAUGGAAUUUCACUUUUUAAGUUACAACAUUGAUAAGUCCCUUGAAGAUGAACAAGUUCUCAGCUGUUUCAUAUAGCACAUAUUUCUGUAUUUAUUCAUAGUAUUGAAUAGUAUAGCUAAGAUUUUCUUCAGAUUGUGUAGAUAUUUUAAAUUAUUACACAUUCACGUAAUGAUAUAAUGGCUCAUGCAGUUGUCUACUGUGAUAGUGAUUAGGAGUGAUUUUUGAGAAUAUACUUUUUUGAAGAGCUUAAAUAAAAAUAAAC